GCGGCGACGGCGGCGGCGGCGGCGACGGCGGCGUCGGCGGCGGAAAACCUUCACCCGGCUCGGUUCCAAGGGACAAGUGUCGCGUGAUCAUGAUCGAGGAAUUGAAGCGGCAGGCGAGUCUGUCGGGCCCGCUGAUCGGGGUGAACAUGCUGCAGUACAGCGUGCAGGUGAUCUCCGUCAUGUUCAUGGGCCACCUCGGGGAGCUCCCCCUCUCCGCCGCGUCCAUGGCCACCUCCUUCGCUUCCGUCACAAGCUUCAGCAUCUUGCUAGGAAUGGGAAGUGCAUUGGAGACACUGUGUGGCCAAGCCUAUGGAGCCAAAGAGUAUCAUAUGCUUGGAGUUCACACGCAACGAGCUAUGCUUACGCUUCUAUGCCUAAGCAUCCCUCUUGCAGUCAUAUGGCUCUACACCUCCGACAUUCUCGUAGCUUUUGGCCAAAACGUGGAGAUUUCCAGGGAAGCGGGAACUUUCAACCGUUGGAUGAUCCCAAGUCUAUUCGCGUAUGUCCUCCGAUGUCUGAACAGGUUCUUGCAGACGCAAAAUAACGUUCUACCGAUGAUGAUGAGCUCUCUGGUUAUUGCUUCUCUUCACAUAGUCGUCUGUUGGGUCUUCAUCUUUAAGUUUGGACUAGGAAUAAGAGGAGUUGCUUUGGCGAACACGAUUUCGAAUUGGAACAAUGUGAUUCUGCUGGCGAUUUACGUGAAGCUCUCUCUAGCUUGUAUCAAAACUUGGACCGGUUUCACAAGAGAGACCUUGCUUGACCUUGUUAGCUUCGUCAAGCUUGCUGUUCCUUCAGCAGUUAUGAUUUAUUUCGAGUACUGGUCCUUCGAGCUGGUCGUUCUUCUAUCAGGUCUUCUGCCAAAUCCGAAACUAGAGACGUCUGUGUUAUCAAUUAGCCUCAACACUUGUUGGAUGGUCUACAUGAUCUCUGUCGGUCUCGGCGGAGCAAUCAGGUUUGUUUGAGUCAUUUGCUUCAGUUGUGCAGUUUACUAUGAGUUAGAAAUAAAAAGAAAAGAAGAGAAC